ACAUGAAGAAAUAGCAUAAAUUCAUGAUAUUUGCCAAAUGCCAAUGGUUCAUAAACUAUUUUUGAGUGCGUCACGAAAUAUCAAUCCAUUUCCAAAAUAAAUAUAUUUGAUGUUCCCGUAUUUAUAACUUCAUAAAACGAUCGAUCGUUUAAAAACAAGCUCAUUUAUCGUACUAAUUGAGAACGUCUUUCAAUGUAGAACUCUUGCUUGUUGCAAUUAACUGGUAAUAAACCCUAAUUUAUUUAUUUAUUGUAGUGACCUAUUUGAAAUCCCGCGCCCAUGAUAGCUGCAUUCUGCGCAUAGCGCUUCUUCACUCUCAGCGGUGAUUUAUUAACAUAUUGUUACCAGUUAAUUAAAAAGAACUGAAAGACAACGCAUGUAACUGCUUUUCGCAGACAGGGUUAAAUUCGGUUCUUGCCGUUUUAAAGCAAGAAAAAAAAAUCCCUACUCGCUUUAGCUGGAUGACAAUCUUUAAUAUGCAUUUAUUCUAUUCGCUGAUUCGACAAUCGUUAUUGAGCGUCUUCGUCAGUCGAUAUUUAUUGCAAUUGCGAUCAAAAUUUACAAUGAGUGAACGUCCAGCAAAACAAGCAAAAUUAUUAAGUUAUUUUAUUCAGCAAAACCCUUCAGUUCAGACAGAACCCGGAACUUCAUCGACCAGUGCUACUAGUGAAAUUCAUCCAGACUUGACUCAUCCAGACUUCGUCAUAGGUAGUGAAUUGGACAUUGGUGCAUACGAUUCAAAAGAAAAACCCUCGGACCAACAGAAGUACAACUUUUUGACAAACACUUGGAAACCUAAAUCUUUAUACAAAUUUCCCAGAGUUGAGAGGAAAGUAAAAGGAAAGGUCAGAUAUGUGUCAUUUCAGAGAAAAUGGCUAGAUGAUUAUAAAUGGUUGGCAUAUAGCCCAUCGCAAAAUGGUGGAUUCUGCAAAUCAUGCAGGAUAUUUGCCCCCGAAAGAGUGAGUGGUGUUCAGCUGCAGGUGCUUGUUAAAAAGCCUAUGAACAAUUACAAAGAUGCUACCUCUAUUUUAGCAGCGCAUGCCACAAAGGAGUAUCACCAGCUCGCACACACGAAAGCCGAAAAUUUCAUACAAAUACAAAGAUCAUCGCGUGGAAAUGUUGUGGAGCAAAUGUCACAGAAUAGAGCAAAUCGAGCGCAUGAAAAUAGAAAGGGAAUGUUGUCGUUGAUCAACAUAGUAAAAUUGUGUGGCCGACAAAUGCUUUCCUUUCGUGGGCACAGAGAUUUUGGGAAAAUUGACCAACCCGAAGACUUCGAAACGAACGAGAAUGAAGGAAAUUUCCGUGCUCUGGUCCGAUUCCGAAUUCAAUCUGGCGACGAAGAUUUGCGCAGAUUUAUUCUUAGCUCUGGAAUAAACGCGCAAUAUACUAGCUGGAGCACACAAAAUGAAAUCGUGCAACUCUGCGGGGGAUUUGUUCGAAAGGCUUUGGUGCAAAGAAUAUCAGAAUCCGGCUAUUUUUCUGUGCUAGCUGAUGAAACCAGUGAUGUUUCAAACUGUGAACAAUUUUCGAUUUGUGUGCGAUAUGUACACAAGCCUUUCGAAGGAAAGUACGAACUGCGCGAGGAUUUUCUCGGUUUUGUCGAGGCUAAAUCCUUGACAGGAGAAUAUCUGGCGAACCUGUUGUUGAAAACUUUGGCUGAAUGGGGAUUGGAGUUGAACCAAUUGCGUGGCCAAGGAUACGACGGCGCCGCAAAUAUGUCAGGGAGUUUCCGCGGUGUACAAGCUUGGAUUGAAGAACAAUACCCCAAGGCGUUAUUUACCCAUUGUAGAUCACAUUGCCUAAACCUCGUCAUUGGACAGGCUUGUCAAGUUUUUUCUAUACAAAAAUCCCUCCGUGUCAUGAAGGAAGCGAUUGUUUUCAUUUCCAAUAGUCCAAAGCGAAUGGCGUGCUUAACGAAUGCUAUCACGGCCCUCACACCACAAAGUCGGCACACCCGGCUAAAAUCGUUGUGCGAAAUGCGAUGGGUGCAACGACACGAAGCAGUGGCAGUUUUUCACGAGCUGUAUUCGCCAGUUCUACAUGCACUCAAUGAAAUUGAAAGAACAUCUGAUUCUGUAUCAUCCGACAAAGCAGAAGCUUUACAAAUGCGAAUGAGAACAAUUGAAUUUGUUUCUAAUAUAAACAUUCUGGCUCACACAUUGGCUCUCACCCAUAGUUUAUCAGUCGCCCUACAAUCAAAAACAAUUGACUUGAAAGAAUGCGCUGAUAUGAUAAAAAACGUCAAAAUUUGUUUGGAAUCACGACUGGCAAAUGCAGAAAGGGAGUUUGAAAAAAUAUUCAAAGAUAUAGAAACAACCCUGGAAAAGGAAGAGAUUUCCACUACAACAAGGGGAUUGCGCUCGAGUGCGACUGAAGAUGUGAAAACCGCUAUGCUGCUACGGAAUUAUAAGCCCUUUCUGAGGUCUAUUGUGGACUGCCUAGAUGCUAGAUUUGGUGACUCGUUCCAACAAGCAACAAAAAGUUUUUCAAUCGUCCCUUAUCAUAUGAGAACACACCCAGACACAGUUUUCGCGAUGGAACAUUUCCAAACAUAUUCCGACGAACUGGAUUCCUGGCCGAUAGUCGAAGCUGAAAUAACGAUGUGGCAGCAGAAGUUUGCCGACGUACAUGUAAAUGAUCUUCCUGCCAACGCAUUCUCCGCACUUGAGUUCGCUUCGCUCGAUUUUUUUCCAAAUAUUCAUAAGCUUCUUCAGAUCCUGUCAACUCUUCCCGUGACAACAGCUACGGCGGAAAGAUCAUUCUCAUCGAUGCGAAGACUAAAAACAUAUUUGCGUAACACCAUGCAAGAAGAGAGAAUGAACGGACUUGCGUUAAUGGCCAUCCAUCGAGAUGUUAAAAUCGAUUCCAAACGAGUCUUGGACGAGUUUGCUACCCAAAAAUCUCGAAGAUUGAACAUUAUUCUUUAAUAUUUUUUUUAUCGAAAAUUGAACAUUAUUUUGCAAUGCUUUGUUUUCGAAAAUUGAAUAAUAUUUUAUGACACUUUUUCUUCGAUGCUGCCACAUUUAGCAAUCCUUUGUUAAUAAACCAUACAUUUCCAAUAAUUCAUUUUGUUUGUUAUUCGCUUAUGAAC